GAUUUGCAUACCUCCCUCCUGUUCGCUGUUUCCCGGAUAGCCACGUAUAUAAAUCAACGUAGGAUUCGUCACGGCGUCUAAAGCUCAUCAUGGAUUCCUCCCUAUACAAAGACUUCACGACCUCUCACGGCCAUACCUACCACUACUUCUUCUCCCCCCCAAAGGAUAACGCCAAACCAUACCUGCUUUUUUUGCACGGCUUUCCCAGCACCUCGUUCGAUUGGCGACACCAGGUUCCUUUCUUUCUCAGUGAGGGUUAUGGGCUCAUAGUCCCAGAUAUGCUUGGCUUUGGAGGAUCCUCGAAGCCUGUCGAUCUCGCGGAUUACAGGUCGACCAUUCUUACGAAAGAUCUAGUGGAGCUAGUAGAUGGGGAGAAUGCUACCCAGGUGGUCGCCAUUGGACAUGAUUGGGGCUGCAAGAUCAUCAGCCGUCUUGCUAAUUACUACCCUGAUCGAUUCGUCGCGUUCGGCCUCUUGGCCGUCGGAUAUUUCCCGCCGAGUACGGAAAGUAAUUACGAGCAGUUCCUGGACCUCUCUAAGAAAACUUUCGGUUACGAACUCUUCGGAUACUGGUCCUUCUUCUCUUCAGAGGGUGCCGACAAGAUCAUCGAGGACAAUAUGGAGCCGUUCUUACGACUCUUGUACGCUCAUGACCCAAAGUUGAUGAUCUCCGAUUUCGCGCCUACCGGCGCUUUGAAAGCGUAUCUAUUGCAAGGCAAGACCGACGUUCCGUUGGCUUCAUACAUCACCGAGGAGGAAAAGGACUUCCACAAGAAAGAACUCCUUGACGGUGGCAUGGCCAGUUGUCUAAACUGGUACAAGAUCAUGACCUCGGAGAUCGAUGCCGAGGAUAACAAAGCUGCCCCGGAGAAAAACCUUGAGGUUACGAAGCCAGUUUUCUACGGUGGUGCACUGAAAGACUUCGUCGCUCUUAACGCCGUCAACAAAGCGGGGACCGUUGCAAAAUGUAAGAACGCGACUAUUCAUGAAUAUGAAGGCUGUCACUGGGUGAUGUGGGAGGCGAAAGAUGCAGUCAACCGGGAUUUGUUGACUUGGCUGAAGGCACUGUAAUUGUAGUCAUGAUCUUGAAAUAUAAUGUCAAAGAAGACGAAAGUUGUACACUAACGAUGAGGCACAAUAUAUAUCACUCGUGCAGGACUCAAGGCGGAUUAGGGCUUAAUUCGGCAGAGGCCGCCUUUGUGCUCAGGCAUGGAUGUCGAUCAGAAAACAUGUGUUCUACUCGUGUUACAUGAUGCGUCCAUUGGUAUCCGU